AUCCAUCUAACGGCAAAGAGAGUGGGGUAUAACCAGUGCUCUGAGAAAUCUACAGGUCUUUAAAAUGCUUGGAAAUGGAGAUAGCUUUGGUGAGUUUUGAGAAAAUGGGUGAUGGAGGCAGUGAUGGAGAAACCUACCGAAACCAAAAUUCCUUGGAUCAUCCACGUUUGGUCCACAACAAAGAACUGUCCAGGAGAAGUGCAGAACAGAGCUCGUGGAAGAUGAACGACAUGAACAACUGCAGUGAGAGUACUCUGGAUUAUUACCGUCCUCAUCUGUUUGACGAGGAUAUUCGGGAUUUGGACCUUGACCAUGAAAGCAACGAGCGAGUUCUCAUCAAUAUCGCCGGACUGAGGUUCGAGACCCAGUUGGGCACCCUCAACCAGUUUCCCGACACUUUACUCGGAGAUCCCGACAAGAGAAUCAAGUAUUUCGACCCCCUCAGGAACGAGUAUUUCUUCGAUCGGAACCGACCCAGUUUUGACGGGAUUCUCUAUUUUUAUCAGUCCGGCGGCAAAAUCCGGCGACCCGUCAACGUGUCGAUCGACGUAUUCGCCGACGAAAUCCGAUUUUACCAGCUCGGCGAAGAAGCGAUGGACCGUUUCCGCGAGGACGAGGGUUUUAUCAAAGAAGAAGAGAAACCUUUGCCCCAGAACGAGUUUCAGAAGCAAGUAUGGCUCAUUUUUGAGUAUCCCGAAAGCUCCAGUCCCGCUCGGGGCAUCGCCAUCGUCUCCGUGCUCGUCAUCACCAUCUCGAUCAUCACCUUCUGUCUGGAAACUUUGCCCGAGUUUCGCGACGAGCGCGAGCUGCCGGUGACGAGUCGCGCGAUCAAUGGCACUCAAGAUCGCCCGUCGCUCACUUUCAGCGACCCGUUCUUCAUUAUUGAGACCACCUGCGUCAUCUGGUUCACCUUUGAGCUUUUCGUGCGGUUCUUCGCCUGUCCCAGCAAGUCCGAGUUCUCCAAGACCAUCAUGAACAUCAUCGACAUCAUGUCCAUCAUGCCUUACUUCAUCACUCUGGGCACGGAGCUGGCGGAGCAGCAGGGACAGGAGCACAACAACGGGCAGCAGGCCAUGUCGCUGGCCAUCCUGAGGGUCAUCCGUUUGGUACGGGUGUUCCGCAUCUUCAAGCUCUCCAGACACUCCAAGGGGCUCCAGAUCUUGGGUCAGACUCUCAAAGCCAGCAUGCGAGAGCUCGGCCUCUUGAUCUUCUUUCUUUUCAUCGGGGUCAUCCUGUUUUCCAGCGCCGUCUACUUCGCGGAGGCUGACGAACCCGAGUCGCACUUCUCCAGCAUCCCAGACGCCUUCUGGUGGGCGGUGGUCACCAUGACAACCGUAGGCUAUGGCGACAUGAGGCCGGUGACCGUGGGGGGCAAGAUCGUGGGCUCUCUCUGCGCGAUCGCAGGGGUGUUGACCAUCGCCCUACCGGUGCCCGUCAUCGUGUCCAACUUUAACUAUUUCUAUCACCGGGAAACCGACCAAGACCAGGCGUCCCUCAGAGACGAGCCCAGCCCCGCGAGCCAAUGCGAUGAGGUGCUGAGGAACUCAAAAGAUGGGGAACACAAGGAGGAUGCAAACACGCCCAUCGAGAAGACUAACAUCAAAGCCAACAGCAGAAUGGAUAUUAAGCGCUCUCUUUAUACAUUUUGCCUGGACGCAAGAGAAACAGACCUGUAGUUCAUGCACAGUCCCAGGAUCACUGUUUUAAAUGGGAAUCCUCUGAUCUCUCAGGAAGCGCACCAGCACAUUUGGGAAACAUAGAUGUAUAAUGAUUCAUUUCUAAUAGAAAGUUGUCUCAGGCCUUAACUCAUGGUUGCCCCAUCACUCCCUCUCAUGUGAAAAGCCAAAUUAGGGAUACUUUUUUGAGAGAUUUGUACACAGGCUAUAUCUGUACAUUAGUAACACUUUAUGUGAGUUUUGUGACUGUGUCGGUAUCAUUUCACAAUACAUUGUUGUAUUAGCAAUAUAUAUUCACUCUCAUUUUUCAAACUGAUUGGUGUAUGAAAUUAAAGGAGGACAUUUAAAGUGUUUUCCUGCUGAAUUCCAAAAUUCCUGAAGUUUCAAGUAAAUGGAUUCAAGCAAAAAGUGAGCGUGUACAGGAGAAAGACACCACAACACCGGAGAAACCAGAGAUCUUCAUGAAGAAAUGGAGAUCCACUCAGUUAGAAGAACAAGAACGAGUAACCACAGAUCCCAGAAUAGGAGCCAUAAUCAAGACAAUAGAUUCCUUCUCAACACCUCUGCAGAAACCUGUGCCUUUAAUAAACCCUGUAAAAUCAAUCAGUUUGGGACCAAAAUAUGAUUACUGAUAAUCAGAUUCUGACUGCCACCUUAUAGACUGAACAAGCGACAUCUGAGGGUGCAUUUAAAAGCCAGUGAGUCCAACAGAUCUGUGUAAACCAGGGUUGGGCAAAAUUCAGAAUUGAAGAAUUGGCUCCCUUUCAAUUCAUGAGUUGGAAUUUGAAUUGAAUUGGCCACACCCAGGAUGUUGAAUUAGAUUUGAAAUUGGAAUGACAGGAAAAGGAAUUCACUGCAUUGCAAUUUAGAUAAAUUCAGGAAUUGAAUUGGAAAUUUAAAUUCAUUUUAAUUCUGAACGGUGAACAGCUCUGGUAGAACGUAAUCCAAUGUCUCACGAUUAUGUAAAAGGAAAUCCAACUCUGUGCAAUAUUAGUCACUCUUAGAAUCAAGUUCAUGUCUAAGUGAUAUUAACUGAGGAGACACUUAUGAGCAUCUAGAGCAGGGGUUAGCAACCUAUGGCACGAGUGCCAGCAUUGGCACGUGGAGGGGUAAUCACUUGCACACAAGCAACGGCGAGAGUGUAGACUAUUUAUAUGAAAUUCCACACCUUUAUUCCAAUCUACAUCUUGAUGUAAUCCUUCCUUAUGAUCACGAAGCGUGUUGUCAUCAGCUGAAUGGGCAGCUAAACAAAAAGUUCAAAUAUGACGAGACUACAAUAUACCCCACAGACUCGUGCAGCGCGUGCAAGCCAUUCACGCAUCACGAGCCGGCAGCGCUUCACUUUCGGUUAAUCGCAUGAGUAAUCGCACCCGCUUUGCUUCGGUCAGUCUGCGUGGAUGACAGCCUACAUUUUGUGUUUCAUUUGUUUAUUUUUGCUUUCAGAACAACACGUGAUGUAAAAAGGAAAACACCACUAUUAAUCCUUGAGAUUUCCAACCCAGCAUACAGUUACACCCUUCUUAAACCAUGGUCACACACAAAAUUACAUUAAAAGAUUAAAAGAGAAAACAUAAACCCACAUCGUGGGGUUCAAAAAUCUGAGUCUAUUCAAAAUAUAAAUUAAACCUGAAAAUAAAGUUUUAGGAUUUUGCAGGUACGAUUCACAGAAAAGGGCAAAAUAAUUGUCUCGUCACACUUUAAUAGUGUUUAGUCUCCCAUUCAGCUGAUGAAACACGCUGUGUGAUCAUGAAGAAGGAUUACAUCAAGAUGUAGAUUGGAAUGCAGGUGCGAAAAACGUAGAUAAAAUAGCCUGCUCCUCUCUCGCUGUUGCUUGUGUGCUAAUGAUUACAUGAUAACAGUGACAUAAUAUAAGAAAUAUUUAAGAUUCCACACAAUUUCGUGAUCAAUAAUCAAAUAAGCAAAAAGAUCAGCACAGCUAUUGUCCAAGAAAAUAAAAAAAUGACACUCCAUGUCAAAAAGGUUGCCGACCCCUGAUCUAGAGAUAAAAUAGUGUUAGACAAAGAAAACACCUUCUUUCAGGGGAAAAGCCAAAGUACUUCUAAUCUACAACAACGAUGAUGUUUAGAAUGACAUUUGGUGAAAUUUUUUGUCAGUUUUAAAUAUGUGUGCCCCUAUUUUAUUUGCACUCAAAAAAAUAUUUUUGACUAUUUGUAAGGUUUACAGCUUUUAAUUUCAGAAUACAAUUCCACCAAAUUGAAUUGUG